AUGUUGGCGACGCGCCUACGUAUCGCAAGGAUGGCACACAUUAACCGUGCAGCAGUCCAGCGCACAGCCGCGAUUCAAAGACAUAUGUCCUCUGGCGCGGCCAGCGGACCAGCCUUAGAUGAGGUCAGUGCCUUUCUAUUCAAGUCCGAUGGGUGCCUCAGGACAUAUGUCCUCAACCGAUCCAAGAAGUUGAAUGCCUUGAACGAUGAUAUGCUGGGCAUCCUCAGGCCGAAGAUAGAAGAAUGGGCGCAGGGCGAGCUAGCCGGUGUCAUCGUAGGAACGGGCGUGGGCAGGGCCUUCUGUGCGGGCGGCGAUGUCGAAAGUGUUGUCAAAUACGCUUCGCAUCCCGAUACAUUACCCAAGGCGAUUGAUUUCUUCCACAAAGAAUUCGAACUGGACUACAUACUGGCUGCAAUGCCAAAACCUUACGUUGCUGUAAUGGAUGGUAUCACCAUGGGCGGGGGUGUCGGACUGGGUAUCAAUGCACCAUUCCGUGUCGCUACUGAGAACACAGUUCUUGCCAUGCCCGAAACAAAGAUUGGCUACUGCCCCGACGUCGGUGCUAGCUACUUCUUGUCGAGAGUGGAUGGCGAGAUCGGCACAUACAUGGCCCUCACGUCGCAAACACUGAACGGCCGUGCGGUCUUCGAGCAUGGUUUUGCAACACAUUUUAUUCCUGCGCGCCGCAUCCCUGGACUGCUCGAGCGCCUCGCGUCGAUAGACCACCCUUCGUACGCGCAAAUUGACAGCAUCCUCGAGGAGCACCGAGCAGAGCGAUUUCCUGGGGAGCCUGCAAGCUCGCUCAUAGGCGUCGUACGCGAGGCCCUCGACAAGGCUUUCAAGCAUAGCUCCGUGGAGGAAAUCAUCGUAGAACUGCAGUCAAUACUCAAGGGAAGUACUCACGAGAGCGUUCGCUCGUGGGCUCAAGAAACGCUGGACGCUCUUUCGAUGAGAAGUCCCACAAGUCUGAAGGUAGCGUUGGCCGCGGUGCGCAGGGGCAAGAACAUGCCGCUGCUUGAGGCGCUGCAGAUGGAAAUGAACAUUGCGACAGCAUUCUGCCAUGGCGCCAGCCCAGAUUUCCCUACUGGCGUCACUGCCGUAAUCACGAAAAAAUCCAAAGAGCGGCCAAACUGGUCCCCCGAUACGCUCGAGGAAGUCACGGACGCGUAUAUCGCGAAGGAAUUCUUCUCAACAUACUCGCCCGACGUCGGUACUGCGCCGAAGCUCGCUGCUCCCACUUACCUUGCGGAGUCCACGCGCGUCGUGAACCCGAUGGAGUAUGCACUCCCGGCGGAGGCAGAGAUCCGGCAAAUGGUCAACGGGAGUCAUCCUGCGAGCGGGAGCACGGUGUUGACGCUCGACGAGCUCGUGCAAGCAUUCAACGUAUUGAAGAAGGGCAAGACGGGGCUGCGCGAGAAGAUUGUCGAGGUCGUCGCGCGGUGCUGCAUCACGGAGAAAGACAAGCGCGGCGAGCAGCAGUGGCUCAAGUGGCGGCACUGAGUUGUGAGUCAGAGCCAAUUCAUACAACAGAUCGCAGCCGGCGUGUCGCAUCGAGAAUGCACAGAUGUAUCGCUACUAAUGAUAGUGACGAUGACGCACCGUCUGUGUCAGAAUGUCGAGAUGGUCUGUUUCUGA